AUGGGCGUGUCAGAUGAGAAGCACAGCACGCAGGGGGCGUGGUGCAUACAUCACGUGGGGGGCGUGGAAGCUAGGUGGCAAACUGUGGUUGAGCCACCUAGGCAGCACGCAGGGGGCGUGCUGAGUCAGCACGCAGGGGGCGUGCUGACGUGGCAAAAUCUGGUUGGCCCGUUUGCUGCACUACGUGGGGGGCGUGCUGACGUGGCGGAAGCUGAUUGGUCCAAGUGUGAACCACGUGGGGGGCGUGUUGGUGUAAUGGAGGACACUGCAAAUUUGGUGGUGUAUCGUAAUGGUGAGAUAAUACGUAAUACUCAUGAGGGAGUGAGGUUUGUGUCACAAAAUUCGUUUUCGUUUGUGGUUCCAUGCACGAUGACGUUAAUGGAGCUGCAGAACGGCCUAUGUCAAAGCAUGGAGAAUGGUACGUUAAUGAGAGUGAGCAGAAUUCUGUACCGAAAUCCGGUUGUGGUUUUUGGUGGCCUAAUACAGUUUGAUACGAUUCCGAUCACGGAUGAGGCGAGUAUGCAGAAUAUGUUUGAAAUUCACCGGCAGACUUAUAUGAGACACCCACAGAUUGAGUUGUACGUUGAGUUUGAAGCUGAAGAGGCAGUAGCGGUCCAAAAUGAUAUAGAUGUAAAUGAUGAUAUAGCUGCAGUGUACGAAGGUAUGAAUAGUGACAGCGAAGAGGACUUCGAAGCCACUUAUGAAGCCGGCGAUGAAGAUGAGGAUGGUGAUGUGGGAGUUGAGGCAGCAGUGGAGAAUGUAGUGGUUCGUCCCUCGAGCAGUCAACCGAUGGGCGUUCCACCUUUUAUGUGUGAGUUAGAUCUCGACGCCAUGCAUGUCCCCGAGUUUCCGGAAUAUGCAAACAGAGGUAUUGCUGAUCCUGAGGACGGAGAGUUCCGAAUUGGAAUGGAAUACAGCUCUAGAAAGUCGGUCGUUGCAGCAAUUAGAAGUUUCACUAUAUCUAGAGGAGUUGACUAUGAUGUGUUUGAGUCUGAGCCACAGACGUUCUAUGCAAAAUGCAAGAUGUACGGGCGUGGAUGUGACUGGCUUAUCCGAGCCAGCUUGAUACGGAGAAAAGGUUGUUGGGAGAUACGCAGAUACAACGGUAGGCACACGUGCACCAUCGGAACGAUUUCACAAGAUCAUUCCAAGUUGGACUCAGAUACAGUUGCUGAGGCUAUAAGGCCCUUGGUCGAGUCGGACCCGUCCAUCAAGGUGAAAUCUAUAAUUGCAGAAGUCCAGUCAAGGUUCAACUAUACCAUCAGUUAUCGAAAGGCUUGGUUGGCAAAGCAGAAGUCAGUUGCGCUCGUUUUCGGUGAUUGGGAGGAAUCCUACCAAGCAUUGCCGUGGUGGCUCUCGGUCAUGGUGCAGAAGAUUCCUGGUUCAGUUGUCCAAAUAGAAACACGACCACUCUACAACGGGAACGAGGAGGCACAAGGUGUAAAAAUACUUCAUCGUGUAUUUUGGAGUUUCAAUCCAUGCAUUAGGGCAUUCAGGCAUUGCAAACCCCUGGUUCAGGUUGACGGCACACACCUAUACAGAAAAUACAAAGGUACACUUCUAGUCGCUGUUGCACAAGAUGGGAACCAGAACAUUGUGCCUAUCGCCUUUGCCUUGGUGGAAGGUGAGACAGCUGAUGCGUGGCACUUCUUCCUCAGGAAUCUGCGAACGUAUGUUGUUAGAAAAGACGGUGUGGGUAUGAUCUCAGACCGGCAUGAGUCAAUACGGGCAGCAGUUAAUCGUUCCGGUGGUGACUGGCAACCUCCAAGAGCAUGGGUAUUCAAGAACGGUGGAGGAGUACAAUACCAACUAUAA